AUGGCGUCGACGGGAAAGCGAGAGGGGCAUCUUGAGAGGACGGCGGAGGAGCCGAGAGAUAAAGACCUUCAUGAGGUGCGGCUUGGUCGGGUUGAGCAAGUCAAUGAGAGAGUGAGGCUGUUUCGACUAGAUCUUGUAUCCGGCCCCAUAAAGUUCUUGCCCGGCCAAUGGCUCGACACAUACAUCCCCGACGUGCCCAAAGCAGGCGGCUUCACCAUCACGUCCGCCCCUUCAGCCGCCCUCACAGGCCCAUCGCCAUAUCUAGAGCUCGCAGUGCAGGAAUCGCCCGAGAACGAGCCCGCGGCGUGGCUGUGGCGGCCCGUGGACGCGAUUCUGGGCGCGACGCUGCGUGUUCGCGUGGGUGGCAGGUUUGUCUUUCCUCCUCAGAGUGGCAGCAGCGAGAGUUUUGAUGCCUCUACUUCUUCUUCUUCUUCUUCUUCUGCGUUGAAAAAGGUCGUUUUCAUUGCUGGGGGGGUGGGCGUGAAUCCCUUGAUCAGCAUGCUGAGCUACAUUGCCGAGGGCCAUGGGCAAAAUGGCGCUUUGGAUGUGAGCUUCAUGUACGCGAGCAAGCUUCCUACGAGCGGCAAUCUCUCGGAUAUCGUCUUUCUCGAUAGGAUUACUCGGGCUUUUGGAGAGGGCAAAGUCAAGGGCGGAGUGAAGCUGUUUAUAACGGCUGCUGGGGACGCGCUAUCGCAGCAGCAGGAGACUAGAUAUAUCAAUGGAGCUGCAGUGGAGGUUCGGCCACGCCGCCUUACGAUUGCAGACAUUGAGGCAUCGAUUGGAAGCGCGGACCACGAAGGCACGGUGGUGUAUGUAUGUGGACCGCCACCAAUGACCGAUGAGCUUGUUGAAAAGCUUGGGGCGGUGAUGGAUUCGCGACGUGUUUUGACGGAGAGAUGGUGGUGA